GGACACGGUGUUGGAACUCGGCGCUGAGACGAAGCUCUGGGGAAGCGGGACCGGGAGUCUGCUGUUGCGGCCCGGCCGGCGUUCAGCAGAUCGGGGUGUUCGCUGUAGCGGCUCGGCCGGUGUUCGGCAGAUCCGGGUGCCUGCUGUUGGGGCCGGACUUUCAGCAGAUCCGGGUGCUCGGCGUUCAGUAGAUCCGGGAGGCUGCUCCCCUGAUGUAGGGCCAGGCUGGGAGUUCCUCAGUUCUGGAGGCUGGGGGACAUUGCAGUUACAGCCAUCGGCACCGGUGAGGCAGAAGGGGUCAUUAGUAUACCAGCUCCCGAGAAGACAUCCCUUCAACAUCCCACUCCCCUCAUCCACCGCCCUUGAUGGAAGAGCCCUGAGGUAGGAGGUUCAAUGGAGCCGAAGUCUCGCAGAAGCCUUGUCAGAGUAUAAGUUAGACAAAAUUUGACACUGAGUCCUCUGAAAGCUUAGCCAAACAAUCUCCAAGAAGGAAAGUUUAAAAAGAAAGAUCUCUGGCUUGGGUCCCACAGCUGAGUGUUCACCGCUAGUGUCUGAGCAACAGGAUCUGGGAUGCCUGUGCUGCCAGUGAACCAGCCGCAUUUCAUUCGUUCCAACCAGAAGGAUGAGUACUACCUAAACUCACUGCGGAGCUGUGCCAAUGAUGUUUUCCAGAUCUUUGCUGGUGCCAGGCGGUGGUUGGAAUGGAGAAAGGAGAUAGAAUUGCUGGCAGAGUUGACGUACUUUUCUCUAACAACAUUAGCAGGUUAUCAGACACUGGGUGAGGAGUAUGUGAACAUCAUCCAGGUGGACUCCAGUGGGCGGCGGGUGCCUUCCCGAGUCAGGCGGGCAGUUCUCAUCAUCCUUCACACCUGUGUUCCUUACCUGCUGGACCGGGGGCUAAACCGCCUGGAGUUGGACCUGCAAGCUGAGAGCGAGGGCGUCUGCGCACUGGAGAGCAGAUGGGUGCUGGUACAGCCCAGGGUCUCGCAGUGGCUUCAGAGUAAAGUUGGUGCCCUGUCCGAGCAGCAGAGGAAAGUGUUGCUGCAGGCAAUCUACGUUCUGCGACAGAUGAUCUCCGUGCUGCACCGCUUGCACCUGGGCAUCUUCUACCUCAAUGGUGCUUUCUACCACAUCGCCAAAAGACUUACCAACAUCACCUAUCUGUGUGUGCGUGGUCUGUUCCGUGACAGUGCUGGAAUCCGGUGGAGUUACGAAUUGCUCGGGAAGAUCUCCUUGCUGCAGUUGGCCCUAAUGGUUGUCAUGCAGGUUAACAGCCACAGGCAGAGGCAGCGUGCCCGGCAAGAGUGGAAACUUCAUCGCAAUCUUCCAUGCUCAAGAAAUUCCUCCCAGGACCUCCCAGUCCGCAGUUCCCGGUGCAUUCUGUGUUUGGAAGAACGAAGGCACUCGACAGCUACUCCAUGUGGCCACCUCUUCUGCUGGGAGUGCAUCACGGAAUGGUGCAAUACCAAGGCAGAAUGUCCUCUCUGCCGGGAGAUAUUCCAGCCGCACAAACUAAUCUACUUGCGUCAUUACAUUUAGGAGGAAAGAACCUGCAUUUAUAUGCCAAUUGAUAGAGGAAGUAGCUAUUAUUUUCCAGUCAUGGAAUUU